AAAAUGCAGUCUGCAGCUCCCGGCUUUGUUGAUUGCUUCACUGAAGUGCCGACGCGCGGUUUCAGAAUCUUAUCGCCUUGUGCAAAAAUAAUUUCCAACUCUCCGAUGCGUGUACAACUUUUAGCGAUUUUAGUUCUUCUUGUACUCGGCUUGAUUCAAGGCUAUGAACUAAGAACGACAACCGUUAGUAGCGAUGUACAACCGAAAUCCACACCUUCUUUCAUAAUAUUACUACUGCGUCGCAUCUUCUUUAUACAUUAUCGAAGCAUAACUUAUAGUAAUGGUUCAACCGAGAGAUCUACGCAGGUGAAUAUCGUGAAUGUUCUGUCACCAUCAUCACCUGUAACGGUUGCAACCACUAAUACUAGACGAAAGGAUGCGAGUGCAGACGAUAGUGUUGCGACUCUUGACAAUCCACGUGAUGAUUCCUUUGCAGGCCUUCAUCCGACCUAUAAGUGGAAGUUCCCGAAAAAGUAUGCUGGCGAUUUUAAGAAAGACAUGACUGUGAAAGCUAAACGUCAACGCCAAGAGAAAUUAUAAUGUGUUAUCAUUAUAAUUUUUCGCCUAGUUUUUGUUUUUACAUAUUUUUGUAAUGAAAAUUUAUCUUUUCUGACAAAAUUUUUAUCGUUCCAUUUGCUUUUAUUCAAAAAUAUUAUUAUUAAAAGGAAUCGUCUUAAUGAA